UUUUGCAGCAAAUAUUUUGAAAUGACAUCCAUUUUGAAAAUACGAACUACAUUCACAUCUUUGCGGUGUUCCGCCGCGAAAAUUCGCCGAGAUACGGUGCUGUAAAGGCUAAAAGCAUCUGAAGUCUGAACUACAAUACGCUCCGGUGGCUCCUCCGUCAUGAGGAUGAUAAUGAAGAAACUGCGCACGCCUCCUUUAGCCUCAUGGAAUGAAUUUUGUUGCGCUUCGUCUAGGGUUUUGCGUUACUCCACACAAACCCUAACCCCUAAUCACGUAAACAGUACAUCUUCAACUGCUACCGCUACCACUUUGUACCACAGACUCGUCGGUUUUCGAGAACCUUCAAUUGUCCCGGUUCUAGACCAAUGGGUAGUAGAAGGAAGACCCAUCGACCAAGAAGAUCUCCAUCGGAUUAUUAAGCAGCUUCGGAAAUUCAGCCGCUACAAGCACGCUCUCCAGAUUUGCCAAUGGAUGAACGACAAACCGUACCUCGAUGUUUCACAUAAAAGUAUUUCAGUCGAGCUCGAUUUAAUAUCAAAAGUUUACGGUCUAAAGCAAGCCGAGGACUACUUCAAUAAAAUCCCAAAUAAUUUACGUGUUUGGCAAGUUUAUGGCGCCCUUCUCAAUUGCUAUAAGGAAGCAAAAUCAUUGGAAAAAGCCGAAUCCACCUUUCAAAUAAUGCGGGAUUUAGGUUAUUCAAAGUCGUUAACCUACAAUGUCAUGAUGGGAUUGUAUUCCACUAUGUUACAAUACGAAAAACUCGACCUUUUAAUGGACGAAAUGGAACAAAAAGGUAUACCUAUCGAUAAAUUCACGUACGCUAUUCGAUUAAACGCGUACGCGAAAACCUCAGAAAUACCAAAAAUGGAAAAACUUUUACUAAAAAUGGAAGCGGACCCCGAGAUCCAAAUGGAAUGGCACGCGUAUACAACGGUGGCAAACGGUUACUUGAAAACCGGUGAUCAAGAAAAUAUCGAAAAGGCGGUUGUUUUAUUAAAGAAAUCCGAGUAUUUAAUAAGACCAAGUCAAAAAAAGAUAGCUUAUGAAAUUCUACUCACUCUAUACGCUUCCGCCGGACGAAAAUCCGAUGUUUAUCGCGUAUGGAAGGUUUAUAAAAAUAUGGGGAAGUUUUAUAAUCACGGGUAUCUUUGUAUGAUGAGUUCGCUUGCCAAGUUGGAUUGUGCUGAUGACGUGGCGAAGCUGUAUGAAGAGUGGGAAAAGGGAUGUGUGUACUUUGAUUAUCAAAUCCCGAAUCUUGUUAUUACGGUUUAUUGUAAGAAGGGGUUGCUUGAAAAGGCGGAGGGGGUGGUGGAGAGGCUUGUGAAGGGGGGACAUGAGCCGAAUGCUUCCACGUGGUCUCGGAUGGCAAUGGGUUAUGUUAAAAAUGGUGGAAUGGAAAAGGCGGUUGAGGCGAUGAGGAAAUCGAUUUUGGGGAGUUAUAAGGGAUGGAGUGUGGAUACGGCUACUUUAACUUCGAUUCUUGAGUUCUUGGAUCGGAAUGGGAAUGCCGAUGAAGCUAAGGAAAUGAUUGGAUUACUUGAGCGGAAAGGGCAUUUGUCGGAAGAGGUUUAUGAGAAUAUAGUGAAAAAAUUGUCGAGGACAUCUGUUAUUGAUUGUCAAGGCUAGUACAGAACAAAACAUGUUGUACUGUGUUUGGGAUCGGGACUUUGACUCGUAGUUGACUCGUAGCUUUUUCAAAUCUAGAAAGUUAGAACAUGGUGAGAUAGGGAACUCUUUGAUUUCUUGUGUAUGUAAAAGACAUGCAUUUGUAGACAAGACAUUUUUGAUAGGGACCAACUCUUGUGUACUGACUAUAUUUUUGGCAAGUUGUUAUUUAUUUCUAGACA